GCAGAUAUUUGGAAAAUGUGGUUCCAGAUUUUUUUCGCGGGAUAUUUUACCUUUAAUUGUUUUACCAAAUUUUGCAUCUGCAGUUAUUCUGUCUAAAUCGUUCGAAGUAGUCCUUGUUAACACAGUUUUAUGAUUUGUUAAACUUUGAAAUCAAUGUUUUUUGUUUGGCAUACAUCUCAAAGUGAAACAUCGGAGUGAAAGCGUAAUUCCGGUACCAUGGAGUAUCGCCCUUGAUCAAAUAGCUACUAAUUUCAGACAUGACAUGCAAAUGUCAAUCUCUAAAACACCGUUAAACUGUGCCAGUUAUCCAAGAAAGGUUGAGCCACAAAGGUAUGCAACCACACUGUUGAUUGUGAAACUAUAGCCUAAUACAUUCACACCAGCUACCUAAUCCAGUAGUACUUUUUGACUAAAGGAUAUUAAAGCCGACGGUCAAACUUUUUUUUAGCCCUCAAUGUUAUUGCGAAGGAAUUUCCGGAAUGAGGCGGGGCAAAGUUAUUUCCUUAAAAAAAGGCAUUAAUAAUUUCAACAUAAAUCCGAGCAUUAAACCUGAACAGAGGCAAGUGUCGAUUUGAAAGUGUGGGUGAUUUUAAAUCUAAGUGAAUGUGUUCACCGAGAACAUGCGCAGGUUAUUAGGUAACGGUACCAUUCGACGCGGCAGACGCAGAAACCCACCACCUGACCCGCCUGCCUCCGGGUCCUGCUCGUGGAUGGAUGCCGCCCUGUGGCCAAUAAUUGAAUGGAAUUCACCGAAGUAAUUCGAUGUAGACUCGCUGCAGAGAGACAAUUCUAUCUCAUCAUUUCCUUUGGAUGGAAGCCCACAGCUCAAGCCGGUCAAUCCUGUCCAGGAAGAGGAGGAGAGAUGGAUCCAAGGGAGAAGCUGAGGAGGUAGAGCGACCAGGGAAAGUCCCAAGAUCCACCGUGGGUUUAAAAGAUCCCGCCUCCUUUGCUGAUGAGCUGGAGUCGGCUGAGGACACUCCAUACCUGCGAGUCAGCAUGGAGGAGGCCAAGAGGGGAACUCCAUUUCAUAGGCCAGUGCGGGUCUAUGCAGAUGGCAUAUUUGAUGUGUUCCACUCAGGCCACGCCCGGGCCCUCAUGCAGGCCAAGGGCCUCUUCCCCAACACAUACCUCAUCGUGGGCGUGUGUAGUGACGACCUGACGCACAAGUUCAAGGGGUUCACAGUGAUGAACGAGGACGAGCGCUACGAUGCAGUCAGCCACUGCCGCUACGUGGACGAGGUUGUCAGGAACGCGCCCUGGACGCUUACGCCUGAAUUCCUCGCCAAGCACCGAAUCGACUUUGUUGCCCAUGACGACAUCCCAUAUACAUCAGCAGGCCAGGAUGACGUUUACAAGCACAUCAAGGAGGCGGGCAUGUUUGCGCCCACCCAGCGGACGGAGGGCAUCUCCACCUCGGACAUCAUCACACGCAUCGUCCGCGACUACGACGUGUACGUGAGACGCAACCUGCAACGCGGCUACACUGCAAAAGAGCUCAACGUCAGCUUCAUAAAUGAGAAGAAGUACCACCUGCAGGAGCGUGUGGACAAGGUGAAGAGGAAGGUGCGUGACGUGGAGGAGAAGAGUAAAGAGUUUGUGCAGAAGGUGGAGAACAAGAGCAUCGACCUCAUCCAGAAGUGGGAGGAGAAGUCCCGGGAGUUCAUCGGCAACUUCCUGCAGAUGUUCGGCCCCGAGGGAGCACUGAAGCACAUGUUGAAGGAGGGCAGGGGCCGGAUGCUGCAGGCCAUCAGCCCAAGACAGAGUCCCAGCAGCAGUCCCACCCGUGAGCGCUCUCCCUCCCCCGUCUUCCGCAUGCCCUUCUUAAACAAGGCCGUGGCCUCACCCCACCACAGUGCUGCACGGGGAUACACCGUCAGUGAGGAUGAUGACGAGUCUGACGAAGGUUAGGGCUCACAUUUCUCGCGUUUGUUAAUCCUGCUCUUCGGUCCAUCGACAGUAUCCGCGUUCAAGCCCCUCCAACCAAUCAUCAGUAUGUCCAAUUAUCUGUAUAGCAUUGUCCCUCACGUCUUUUUUUUCAAUUGCUGGUGUCCAUUUCAUAUGUACUGUACCACAUCAGUCAGAGGGGGGGUUAAUGCACAAUUAGUUUGACAGCUGAUGUUGCAUUUCUCACCGAUUAGGAACAUUUAGAUGCAUGCUUCCAACUCAGGAUGUUAUAACCUUAGUGGGAAAUUCAGUUUUGUCUUCUAUAAGUUGAGGGGUGUUUGGUACACUGUUGCAUUCCUCUACAGAUGAUCUGAGAGUAUGAUAUAUAGUAACCAUCAGUCCCUUGAGGAUUCCCCCUCAGUGUUUGCUUCUGUGAGUGUGUAAACUGCUAGCUUGUGUAGGCAUCUCAAUGUCCUCCAUCCAUGGACUCAGCUUGACCUUUUUGCACAUUAUAAUACUAACAGUUGGUUUCGAUGGUCUGAGUCGAGGUCAGUCUUUGGACAGAGGUUUUCAAAGCAUAGUGCCCAGCAUUUAACUAGAGAACUGAUCUUGUUCAGUAGGGCUCAAGAACCUGUUUUCAGGAGGUUUUAGCUGAAGCCAAACAAUUGUGUGCAAUAACGAGACCUAAUUUUUUAAAUGAUUACAUACGUAAUACAAUUUUAUCCCUUUUACAUAUCUCCCUCCUGUAGUUGGGAUCACUUGAUUUUGGCUGUUAACCCAACCCUUGCUAGUCUGUGGCAGCAAAGCAGGUGGUUUUAAGCAUAUCAUAACCAUGUUGGAUUGUCUAUACAGUGUAAGGGAUGAUAUGAUCCAUCAUUUGACAUUUUACUGGACUGAUUAUUUGGGAUUUGAAUAAAUCCAUUAAAAUACUGCUUCUCAUUAGGGCAUGUCUAUAUAUAUAUAUAUAUAUAAUCUAUCUUUUGGUAGCAAGAGUUGUCUGAUAUGUAAGAAGCCAGUACUAACCUGUCAGAUACAAAAUGUACAUUGUUUUAAACAUUUUACUGUUUGGGUUGAGUUUGUUUAGCUCCUGAAUGUGCAGGCAUGAGAUUCAAUGGAAUAAAAAAAUAAAAAAAC